AGGCGACGAGGGCUUUUGAAAUAUCAGCCUGUGAUAGGUCCCGGCCACGGCGGGGGUGUCCCUUUUUCAGCGUGUUCUAAAAGCCUAGGGCUAGCCGAAGCCGUUUCGCGGUGCCUCCCUUGCGCGCUCCCUGUCCUUGAGCACUUGGUACGUUCCCAUCUAACUCCAGGGGAUAAAUAGCGGCAAGCCAAGGCACCGGCUGCGAAGCGACGCGGGAGAGACUGGGCGCUUCCAUUGUGCAACUCGAAGCAGGCUCCGCAAAAGCGCAUCAUGGAUCAUCCCGGGCAGACGGAAUUGUGGAAGGCGCAGACGCUGGAUGAGCUGAUCCAGAUCCUGCAUCGGUUGUUCUCCGGCGACAAAGUCAAUGUGGCAGAAGUGCAAACCUUAAUGGAAACUUACGAGAGCAAUCCGGAGGAGUGGCUCAAAUAUGCUCAGUUUGACCAGUUCAGGUAAACUCAGUGGGAAUCAAGGGGAUUAGUUCGCCUGAACAAGCAAGCGGGUGACAAGCUGUCUGGUUUAUUACUGUAGGAUAAGCUAUUCUCCUGGGAACGAAAAGCGGUCGAUAUGUGCUUUUAAAAUGAGAGCCGCUUUGCUUGAAAUGCCAAACGGACGUGAUUUUCUUGGAGCAUUUCAUUAAGUUUGGUACAAAAUGAGUGCGGAUCUUUUAGAAAUUAAAUAGCAAUCUACUCUCCAGGCGCACUUCUACUUUGUUUGCACGCUUGAUGUUCGUAGGUGUUGCAAAUCCAAAUAUCUUGCUCAGAUUCCUUUCCGUGUAUCUUUUAGCGUUUGCUACAUAUGUAAUUUGUUGCUAAUAGCUAACAUAUGUGUUGUGCAGAUAGUGGCUCCUUUUUUUUUUUUUUUUAGCAGCUUGCAUUCAGGCCAGCGGUUUGAGUUGCUCAAAUCUCCCUUUUGAGAAGUGGGAAGCUGCGCAGCUUGGAGGUGGUUGGCACUUUAAAGACAAGACCUUAGAAACAGCUGGAAUGAAAAUGCCUACAGAAAACUUUUUGGCAGGCCUCCCAGGUGGACUAACUGGCAGCCAUCCCUUCAGCUGCAAGUACAGCGACGUGCCCAAGUCUAGUUCAAAGCACCCCAGGAGUGGGUCAAGGUGACAAGAUUAACACCAGGCUUUUGGGUCACAACCUUUCUUGCUAGUUUGGGCUUCAUUUUGUAGCUUGUGUGUUUUUUUGGUGUUUUUUUCCACGACUAGCCUGUUAGAUGUUAAACUUUGACUGGUUUAUCUUGCAACAUUAGGGCUUUUCCAAAGUUGUUUUCCUCUUCUUUCUUGGGCAUUCCAGUCCAUUUGAAAUGGCACUCCAGAACAAAGCAAUAUGCCUGGUGGUGAAAAUCUAGAGGCAGCCUAAUAAAGGUAGAGUUAAUGUGCCCUCCAGGUGGUGGUAGACCACAACUUCCAUUAUUACUGACUAUUGAAAAUGCUGAUGGAGCUGUAGUCCCAACAACAACUUCUCAAGGGCAUCAUAUUACCUACUGUACUCCUGGCCUAAAACAUGUGCCAGGAGCGGGGGUGAGGUGAAGGCACUAAUGAGAUGUCUACUGAAUACUGUUCCAAAUCUUGUGUCACAAAAGUCCUGUGCCUCCCUUAAUUACUGGAUAAUCAUCACUAAUUGUUUUUCUCAGAGGCCUGUUUCAUAAUCUGUAGUAUUGAACAAGGCUAAAUUCAGCCAUUGGUAGCUGUUAAAUAGUUGGUGAUUCGCAUCUACAUUUCCUUUCCAUAUGGACUGCAUGAAGCACCAGCAAGCCCCUCUCUGGGAAUUGUCAAUGCAUCAGAGUCACAAAAAAUAUUGCAGCUGUGCGAACUCCUAGUCAUACAGUAAUUCCCUCUCCAUCAGCACUAGUACAACUAUUCAAACAUUAAAUUUUAGCCUUAAUCAAGAGCAUGGAUUAAGGCAGCUAGCCUUUUUUUUGCAGUCUGAGGUUCACUGCCAAAAGUGAAUUGUCACUUUUAAGCAGGGUUUUGCAAAUGGUGCAAAGUCCACCUUAUUUUUCUGGCGUUUUUCCCCUUGAAGAAAGAAAUGCAGGUUAUAAUUUUUAUUUUUUAAUAACUGGCCACUGAACCACAAUUUGACCAUACUAAUUUGAGUGUGAUGGAGGAUGAACUUGGAUGACCAAAAGUGCCUCCAGCCACUUGGUAGGCUAGUUGUCUGUUACUUCCUGUCAAGUGGCAAUGAACAAUAGGAUAUAUCAUUUAUAUGGCAUUUUAAAGUUUUAAAACAAUCCACAUCUAUUAUUAAUACAUAAUUAUAUAUAACAUAAGCAGAAGCAGCAUGCAUCACCAGCUGGUGGUUUUCAUUAAUGAUGAUGCAUGCUGCUGCUACUAUAGUGAGUACAUAAUUGUACUGCACAUGCUUAACUAUACCUGACCAGAAAUCCAGGUAUGAGCAAUCACUGGCUAUUUUCCUCUAAAACUUGCCCAAGACAUUACAUGCACAUCAGAUGUGCCCCUAUAAUCAUAAUUGCAUUGUUUAUCCCUUAACCAUUUUGAGUAUAGGUACUCCUGCAGUAUACAUAUAUAUGGUCACUUCAUGGUGUUCAGGCUCUCCCAAUGUGGUGAAAAUCACCAAAGCAACUUCAGAACUUGCUUCACUCAAAUGGCUGCAUGCACAGCAGUUUGUUUGAAUAAAUCAGCAUGACUGUUGAUUAACCCUUAAUACUGAAACUAAAGCAUCUUUUUUAUGGAGCUAUUCAUAGUGAUUAGUGGAAACAUAAAAGUGGGUUCUUCAGUUCAUCCAGAUUAUCAUGUGUGUUGUAUAGUGUGUACGGCACAAACUGAACCUUAUCCCGUGACCUGUUAUUUCCAGCUUCUGCCUCACUGAAGAGACCAUAAACCAUACAAUGAUCCACUGGAUGGCACUGGGGUCCUAUUCUGAUACUCUCCCUACAGAAAAGUGUGUGUGUGUUGAUAAUACAUUUAUAAUUAGCUUAAAUGCCAGUUUCUCUGCAAAUGCAUUUUUAGCAGAAGUUAAAACAGGUAUUUCUUAAUCCCAUAUCAAGCCUCCUCUCUUCUGGUUCCUGUUCUUUGGCACACUUUCCCUCUAAAUGAUUAACUUAUGUAGGUGACAAUAAGUCAUCUUCAGUGUUUCUUUGUAAGCAGCAGCAACAGAAAAGGCACAUGAAUAGCCAAUUCAUUAGGGAGGCUGAUAAUCAAAUCAAGAGGAUGGCAGGGGCUCUAAGAUGCAGAUUCCACUUCUGCUUUUAGUUCAGAGUAUCGUAUUUGGGAAGGGGGUUAGGAGGGAGACUUAAGUUCAAUCCAUUAUGUGCUGCAAAACAUACUGGAUGGUCUGUAGCAGUCUGGCAUACUUGCCUAUUGGGCUUUACACCAGCCCUGAAGGCUGAAUAUUAGCAAAGUGGCUAACAAUAAAAAAGUAAAAACAAUUCACAAUGAAUAUUAAACACAGCAGAUAAAUUUCAGCUAAGCCUUUUUUGUGAGUGUGUGGCUGUCAACCAGAUGGUUGGUGUUUCAAGCCCACCCAGGAAUGGCUGUGGGUGGGAUUCCUGCAUUGCAAAGGGUUAGACUAGAGGACCCUUUAGGUCCCUUCCAACUCUGAUUCUGUGAUCUAUGGCCCUGAAGACAUGAGAAUUACUCACAGGAAAGCCUCCCUUGUAGGGGAAAUAUCUCACAACCAGGCUGCCAUAGCCCAGAUCUACGAGGGUCCCCUGCCUGAAACCCCGGAAAGGUAGAUAAUAUUAAGCUAGAUAGACCUAUGAUCUGCCUUGUUUGAAGGCCCCUUCCCAUGGCGUGUUUCACCCUCUGAGUGCAGGCUGGGGUUCUCUUUGGGGGCUGCUGGGUGACCCCACUGGGGCGCGAGAGCGGCGCAUCCACGGCGCCCGCAGCCCCGCCCACUCCUUUUGACUGCUUUCUCCCGGCUUCUCCCAAGUGCCACGCAUUGAAGGUUUAGAGGCAGAGGGAGGGCGGGGACCCGGUGGCCAAUCAGAGCCGCUUUUGAGCAACACCCCUGAAGGGUUGGGCCAAUGAGAGCUGGCUCGAGGUAAAUAGCAGCCCGAGCCUCCCGGGGAGGCUGGAACUUGUAUUUUUUUUUUUUUUUUGUACUUUUAUAAGAAUCGAUGGAGGGGCGUUGGCAGUCUUGGAGGACAAUGUCUAGUUCAUAGGGCUGUGGCCCGCAAAUGACUUAAGCAGCAGGCUAUUACUGCGCGAAUUGAUGUGCCUUCUUGGUCGCUUUUUGCAAAUAAACUGCUUUCGAAAUGUUAACGAGGAGGAAAACGAAUGGCUGACAUCAAGCCAGGUUUUUUUGUUUUUCCUGAUCUGUGUCAGGUUAUUGUGUUCUCUAACAGAUAUUUUUGGGACAAGGUACUGGCAGCAAAUCAGGGGCUUUCUGGCUUCCCAGCCUUCUGGCGUUCCACUGUUGGAAAGGUCCCCUUGGAACCCUCGUCUGCAAACUUGCCUCCACUGGAUUGUGUACCGAUUCAAACUUGCGUGCACACACCUGACCUUUAAAAGUGAAAACAGGGUGUGUCUACUGCACCGUAUUAAAAGUCAGGCUUUGAUUUAAUUAUAAAUCAGGUGCAAUAGCUCAGUCUGCCGCGCGCCGCCCCCGUCCCCCUUUGCUGUAUCCUUUAGUCUUUUUCAUACCAUUUCUAAUCUUCGAUUAUUGUGCAACACUUGCUGUUGGCAUUGUGAAACUAGUUUGUUCUGUUCUUGCUUGGCAGAAUUCCCUGUAAAGUUGGCUUUUUAUCAUGAGGAGAGUCUCUCACACACCCCACACACUUUGGAUUUGCAUAUAUAUCUUGUGCAGAAAAGUAGCUUAAAUGGUUGGGACCAUUUGAUAACAAGCUGUAAAAGAAAUCAGUAACUUCCUUGUUGUUACAAAGCUUCUGUAGUUACAAUCUCAUUGCAGAAAUUACCUCACCCAAGAAGUAUUUGGGUUAUGUUGUGCUUUUCCAUUUAUAAGUUGUGUUGCUGAAUUUCAUUUACAGAGUAGCCUGGAGAUCCCAACCCCCUAUGUCUUCUUGGCUUUCCAAUGCUUACCAAAUGUUAACCACCACUCCACACCUUAAUUUAGUCUCCACACCAUAAUCUAGUCUUUUUCAGCAUUCUUGAACUAUAGCAAUAGGAUAAAUGAAACCCAGAUAUUUGGGCUUCAACCAGAUCUGCAAUUAAUGGGGUUUACACCACAAUCCAAAUUUUUGUUUAUUCAGUCUUACCGAUUUCCAAGACCCACUGAUCACACAACUGUGGGCCUGAUUGACUUCUGUGCUUCCAUGAUGGCUGGGAUUCAGAACUACUUUAGCUAUCCCAUAAGGCCAGUGGGGUUUCUUUAUUCAUUUCCUUUGAAUGGUGGACCACUAUGCCAUGUCACAAACCUUUGGAAUCCUAAAAGUAAGGGAAUGAGGAUCUGCUCCUUGAGAAAGACAUGUUCAGAUUCCCUUAGGUACAUGCAAAAAUUGCAUGGUUCCUUGCAAUCCAGUCAACAGAGAGAAAAGGGGGCUGUAGCUCAGUAGUGGAAGCCAAGAACAUGAGUUGCAUAAGCAAGAUUCUGGGUUCCAUUCCUGACUUCUGCACGCAGGGCUGGGAAGGAUUCUUGCCUUAAACACUGGAAAGCGACUGCCAGUCACUAUAGAUAGUACUGACCUAGGUAAGGACCAAUGGUUCGACUUGUAUGUGUAUAUAUAAUGUACUAAUAACUUAAAUGGCUUGUUGAGACAGACAGAUGCAAAUAUCUAACAUAGAUUUAUAAAGUACCAAGUCCGUAAUCACCGGAAUUGAAUUCCUGAAAUUUGUUGCUUAAGACUUACAACCUAGUUUUUAAUAAUUUGUAUUUUACACAAAAGUUAAUUAUUGUUGACUUUUCAUUUGAUUCUGUUCACUCUCCUUUUUAUGAGAAAGAUCCUGCAAAGGAUACAACUCACUCAGCAUUGUAAACCACUGUGAUAUAUUUUUAUUACCCUUAUGUGAUAAAGGUAUAAAUACAUUGCAGUUUUAGGAUGCCACUGACUGAAAGAAAGUAGGUCAGAAUAUAUGGACAAGUGCAAGAGUGUGCUUAUGUGUAUGUGUGGUUUUUUUUCUUAAAAGAUAAAACUUGGGAGAAAUACAAGCACUUCACCUAUAUUAUCAGAUAUAUUAUCUCAAUAAACCUUAGAACUACGCAGUAAGGUAGCAGAGUAUUAUCAAGAUAAUUUGUAUGCAGUAGGCACUAAUUGUUCAAAACAAUGCAGUGAGUAGAACUGUCAUACAGCUCAAUCAGAAAAUAUUACUAGAUGGUUGGGGUAGGGGAGCAGGCUGGAAAUUAGCAACCAUUAAUUUUUUUAAUUUGUAUAUACUGUUCAAGAGAGUGGUGCUCUUAACAUCUGUUUCUGCUUCUCAGUGAUGGCUCUUAAACUAAAACCCUGCAUCUUCUUCUUUCAGGUACACAAGAAAUCUUGUGGAUAAAGGAAAUGGAAAAUUCAAUUUGAUGAUCUUAUGCUGGGGUGAAGGCCAUGGCAGGUUUGUGGCUCUAUAUAUUUUCCCCAUAAUAUAAAGCUAUAUAGGCAGAGGGCCUUCUCGGUAGUAGCGCUCGCCCUGUGGAACACCCUCCCAUCAGAUGUCAAGGAAAUAAACAACUAUCUGACUUUCAGAAAACAUCUGAAGGCAGCCCUGUUUAGGGAAGUUUUUAAUGUUUGAUGUUUUGUCGUGUUUUUUAAUAUUCUGAGUCGCUGGGGAAGCUCAGCCAGAUGGGUAGGGUAUAAAAUGGUGAUGAUGAUGAUGAUGAUUGUUAUAUAAUACAUUGCAUCUGUGCCACAAAAAAUGUAUUGUAGCCUUAUAUAUACGGUAUAUUAUAAAAUUCCAUUAACUCUAACCUUUCCAAAAGCUUUGGGUGGUUCUCUACAUUAAUUUUUUUUUUUUAAAUCCAACUAUUUAAAAUUAAACCAAAGCAGUACACCAGCUCUUAAGGAUCCAUUUUUGCAUAUUUGAUUGUUUCAGUUAAUCAGCAUUUAAUCUCUGGGUUCCUUACACUUUUUAAAAACACUUUAAAAGACCAUGUGAAAAGGUGAAUAUGGCUUUGUGAGUAACCCAAGUUCUGUGUGUGAUCCUGCUCAGGGAAGGGUGGGGCAGGUGAAUAUGUCAUUGACACAAGGGCUGGCCAAUCAACACUGUGCAGAUCCAGCCUCAUCUGCAAGCCAGAGGUACCAGAUUUCCCAAAGUCCCUUUAAAAAAAAGGCCAUAUGUUAUUGUUCUGAGAACCAUUUCUCUCUAUGUACUAGAUAUAUACGCCCUUUUUCUCUUGCCUCUGCAAAACAGACAAUUAUCAGACAUCUCUUAAGCAUGAGGAAUGUGAUGCUUCUUUGUCAGAGCAAACUGUUGUAGAACCACUUGGUGACUUCCUUCUUUGUGCUUUCUUACAAUGGUAGUAGGUUUUUCAUUGCUCUAUGUAUGAUAGCCCCAGUGUUUUACUAAAGGGGCAUUGUGCCGUCUCUGCCUCUAGUCUAAAGCAGAGUUUGUCAAAUGAGAGAGUUCCCCCUCAGAACCCCAAUUUUGUAAAUCAGUAAGAUCUGGUCAAUGUACCCUUGACAAUUCCCAGAACACAAUGGGUGGCAUUCAAUUAAGUUUUAUUCAGAGUAGACCUAUCAAAAUUAAUGGACCAAAGUUAGUCAUGUUCAUUCAUUUCAAUGGCUCUACACUGACUAAAAUUGCAUGCUACCCAAUAUGCCAAACUUUGGGGUUCAAUGGCCUCUGCAGCUGUUGCAUUGAAUCCUGAAAUGCCCUUUUUCCGUUUGGGUAAAAUGCUGUCUUGUGAUGCGAUGAUUUAAGACUCUGAGGAUUGUGGAAGUGAGGAGUUCCGUUUUCACAAAAAUGUAAUUUGCACUAGGAAAGCUACAGGUGGUGUUUGCUUAACCCUUCUCCCAUCCCACUGCUUUUCCUUCCAGUUGGGAUUCCCAGAUGUGUUUUUGCUGCAUCAGGAAGGAAAAAACUGCUGGCAAGGGGAUUCAGUAGGUGGGGAAGGGUGACACUUUUCUGGCUGCUAUCUUUCUUCUGAAAAUAUGUGCAGGUGUAUACACGCACCCCUAAAUAGCAAAGAAAAAGUAGCUCAGAUUCCAAGAUUUGAGUUAACCUCUAGCUACCUAGAUUCAUCAGAGAGAAGAUGCUGAGGGCAGUAAAAGAUACCUGGGGAGGGGAUGUUUGUCUUCAUACAACUACAGUUAUGGACAGUGAGAAAGAGCUGAACUAUAGGAUUCUUUUGGUACCACAGUGAGCUGUCCAGCAAGAUAAGCUGGCAGAGAAUAUACUUUUGGAUGCUAGGAAGUUCAGGAAAUUAUUUUGGGAAUAAGUUUCUUAUCAUCGCGUAUUAUUAUUAUUUAUUAUUAUUAUUAGUUCACUUUUAAUCUAGUGUCCAAUGAUCCUUCAAGGGGUGGGGUGUCUUUAUUAACAAUACUGUUACCUGCCUUUAACUCCUAGGUCGCUGUGGACCUUACAUUAUUACCUGUGAUCCCUGUGCUUGGUUUGAUCCUGGAGCACACGCACACACAUACAUACCCUAAGCCAAUUUGGGAGGACAUGGGUGGAAAAGGGGGAACCCCAUUACACAAGUAGAACUUUUUGUGCUGAUGAGACUCAUUAGGUGAACCCCACCAAAAAUAAACAAGUUCUUAGUUCUCUUAAUAAAUCUUGUUAUGACUUGAUCUGGUGCAAGUCUGCACAAAGAUUACUGAAGUUAAAACCAAUAAUGAACAAGAGUUUCAACCUCCCCUAAUAAGGAGUGGAAGCACAUCUGGCACAUUGUUAUGCAGAUUUAUCUAGGGCUGCCUCACCCUGUCCCACUUGUGACCAUUCAAACUAAACAGACAACCUACCCAUGUAUGGUAGCCUACUAGAGGCCGAAUAAAUAACCUGCUUUUGCUGCCUUUCUGUGACCACAGAAAAAACAACGGGCUGCUGCAGGCAACCGUAUGUGACUGUUGGGCUGUAUUGAGCUUGGUGGCAGGUCACAAACUGUGCAAACCUGACAUAGGAGCAUUACUUUUUUCAACACUGCAAGCUAAUGACUCAGUUUGAAUGUAAUGUUGGGCCACAGUUUACUGCUACAGGAAUGAACCUACAGAAUAAUUUUCAGGUUAACCUCAUUUUAUAAUUGCAUCUGACAAGGGCAAACUGUGGCCAGUUAAAAUUGAUAUACUGAAACAAGCCUGGGUCAAACCAUAGUUUAUUAUUCUAGAUUAUUGCAACAAACCACAGUUUCAACUGAGUUCAAAGGCUAGAUGUAAGUCAAAAUUGGUUAGCUUAAACUAGGAAGUGAGUGCUCUUAAUCUUCUGCUAGUGGCCACGCCGAAGGAGGAAUGCUUGAGUUCAAGGUUCAUUUAGCUAGCAUUGUGCCCAAACUGGGCUGUUGGUUAUCUGUGGUUUUUCUCCAGAAUUGCACUCCCAAGUUUCUGCCAAGUGCAUUGUGGUUUGCGAGACAGAUGAGCAGCUGCUUAAAAAUAAGAAACCACAGCUUGUUUUAAUUUGUUGCACAAGCAGCACCAGUUAGUCAAGGAGUCAAUUAAAUCUGAAUGGGGGAGUGACAACGUGGCGUUUCCCCCCCUGCUCCAGAAUAUAGCCAGUAACAGAGAAAGAACACUGCCACAUAUUUUCCAAUGGAAAACAUGAGUGACUGUUUUGAAUCGAGUUCAUGAUGUAAAAGAAAAUUAUUAUGUGUAUCUGAAAUGAGAAGUUUCAUCUCUGGAGGUAGUGGUGCUUUUUUGUUAGAGGGUUGGGUCCGAAAGCCAAACAUAAAUAUAGCAUCGGUUUUUAUCUUAAAUGGAAUUCAAUUCAAUGGACAACUAUAAGAGAGCUUCCAGGCAAAAGGUUGUGUAAGUAACAGGCAGGCUGUGUCUGCACUCUUGCUACCCACAAGCAACAUAGAGACUGCCAGUUCUAGUGGUGGUUGCUGUCGACGAGUAGCAUAGUACUAGCCAGCAACAUUCACCUCUCUUGCCCUCAAUUCAUACAAAUUAGUGCCUUUUCACUGAGGCACCAUUUCCCCUUCACUUCUCAUUCAUACACAUUGUGUAGAUGCUGGUCAAGUAGCUCCUUCAUUGCAGCCCAAGUCCUUUCCCAGGUAAUGCCUUUGAGUUAUGGUCCUAUUGUUUAAUUGAAUUCCUAUCUAGAUAUACCCAGCCAUUGCCAAAGAACAGAUUAUUAGCAAAUUUUGUCAAUGACAUCGCAGUUUCCUCAAAAUCCUCUAGCAUUGCAGUCUCUCUGUUCAUAUUUGCAGAAAUUCUAAUAUUUCUCUUUAAAUCUGACUCUUUUUUCACUUUCAUCCCACUUUCAAGACCACUAUAAAAUGAUGUGGGCAAUAACAAUAUUUCUCUUGUAUUAGAUGUACAGCACAGUAAGCCCUUUUGACUUCAAUGGAGCUUACUCCCAAAUAAAUGGGGUUAGGGUUGCAGCCAUAAUCAUUUUAUGGUACAUUAUGUUUAUACUACAGUCAACUUGCAACUUGCACACAUUUAACUUACUCGAUUGCAGCUUUAUGUGCUUAGUGGCCAACCAGCUGACACUGCACAAAUUAAAUGCAAGUCAGAAAGCUUAAAAGCUCUUUUUUUGCGUGGUAAGCCUGCGGGGUUCAGAAAAGGAUGCUUGCAUGGGGGCAGUUCCAGGAUUGUUUUGAUCAUAUGCAAUUUUGGCUUCACGUGCUAUCCGCAGAACACAACCCUUAUGCAAGUUGAGAGUCAGCUGUAUAUGUAAAAGUACAACAGCCCUGCUAACUUCAUAAUGGUAUUUUUUGUGUUUGUGUACAUAUACAGCAGUAUCCAUGAUCACACAGAUUCACACUGCUUUAUGAAAAUGCUUCAAGGAAAUCUAAAAGAGACGCUGUUUGAGUGGCCUGGCAAAAAGGGGACUGGAGAGCUGCUGAAGAAAUCUGAAAGGGUUUUGAAGGAAAACCAGUGUGCUUAUAUUAAUGGUAAGCCCUUUCGUUUUGGUUCAUCGUAGAUACCCAAAAAACCUUAUAACUUCUUGGCUAGAUGUUUCAAAUCUUGGAAGGUAAGGUGUUUUUUUUCAUUUCUUGGAUAAAAGAAUAGGACACAUGGGGACAUUUCAUGUUAUAGAAUAAGUCUAAUCUUUCCUCUGCUGAUAGCCCACUUCGUUUCUUCCUUAUAUCUGAACUACUGUGUGCAGAAUUUAGAGUUUACAAAUUAGGCAUAAGAUUCCUGUGCAUAGUGUUGCUGACCUUCACUGGUACUCCUUUUAAACACAGAGACCUAUUGUAAUAGAUGCCAUGGAAUGGAUUUUAAAUGCUGCUACAAGCACCAUGGUUGCAUGCAGCAUUUCCAAAAAAGUUAUUUAUCCUAAUCUGUUUUUAGGACCUUCCAUUAUAUCCCACCAACCUUUGUGGUGGUUCUGAAAACUGAGAUGAUAGGUAGAGCUCCCCUCACCCCCCCCCCCAAAUCAGAUUUAAGCACUGUAGCAAGUGUCUUGAUCACAAAAAAACAGAGACCCCCAAGGUAGUGUCUGUAGGCAAAAAAAGGGCUGUGAUAAGGAAGAAAUACUAAAGCUUCAUGGACAAUUUUUGGAACAGAAUCGUCACCUGGGGCUGACUGCAACAUUGUCUUCAGUCUACUCCCCAGCCACAUCCUUCCAACCAUUUUCUGGCAUGGCUGUCAACAGCACUGGCAGGGACCUGUACAGUACCUGUUUUAGAACCAAUGGAUAGCAUCCAUCGCAUUAGUUGCUUGUUCUGCACUCACCAUGGAUUAAAAUGGGGACUUUAACACCUCACAACUUUAAUCAUACACAGUGGAUUUUCACCCAAGUCAUGGAGAGGCAGACUCUUGUAAUAUUUGGGAAUUUUUGACAUAAACUUAACAGACAAGAGAAGGAAGUGAAAAUAUGUUUGGGUUGCAAAAGGAGCAUCAGAACUGAGUGAGGGCUGCACUUCAAGGCAAAAUAUUCAAAGUAUUGUAUCUCAGUUCUGUUCAGAAUUUUGUGAAACUUGGCCAAUUUAUCAUGCUUACCACCCAGAUUCUCCAUGCUUUCAUUUCAGGUGGGAUUCAUUUUUUUUACUUUGAGGAUUAGAAUGUCUGAGCUUACAUGGAGUGGACUAUUUAUUUUUGCAUUGGGGAUUCCAUAACUGUUAGCUGCCUUGGGCUUUUUUAAAAUAAAAAUGUGGAGUAUGAAUGUAACUAAUAAUAAUAAAUAAUGGUAGAACAUGAUUUGAUCCUUCCAUCUUACAGAAGCCAUCUUUGCCAGGAUAAUGUCAAGAUGGCACAUGCCACAUUGGCCUUAGUUGAUUUUGGUUAUUUUCAGUUGUGGUUUAUUCUUGUAUGUCAGAUGAGAAAAAUGUCCUCUCUGCAUUUCCCUGGGGAAACAACUUCAGUUCAAUACCUCUUACAAGGAACUAAAAUCUCAGCUAUGUUUUUUCCUCUCUGUUGUUUUCAUGUCCAAACACUUUGAUUUGGAAUGAAAUCAAAAACAAAUGAUGUAUGCACACAAGCAACUUUGAACAUUGCCGAAAGGCAUUGUCUCUUCUUUCUGAACAUCUUCAAACUAAAAUAGUUGCUACACAGAAAGGUAUGCCAAGCAAAAAGGGGGGCGUAAUCACAUGUAUGGGAGUGUGUUGCUUAUGAGACUUUACAACAAAUGGAUGUCCACAACUUACAGCUCAAAGAUGGGUAGGUGGCAAUUUGGCUUCCUUUAUACAAUAUUAAUUCAACUAUAAGUUUUGCAUCAAGCCAGCUCAUGUGUUCAGAUUUUAUAAAGCAACAAUAUGUUUACUGAUGCUAAGGUAGCACCUGAAGAUUGCCAGGUUUUGUGGAUUUUUUUGGAUAUCAAAAUAUGGUACCAUAUUUGAAAGACCUGUUUAGGACAUCACAAUGGUAAAUAACUUGAUAUUUUUACAUAAGGCAUUAAAAUGGCUAGUUAUACUUAGAAAAGGCACAACCAAUUACUGGAAGAAUAAAGACUUCACCCCAGAAGAACUAUUUCCUUCAUCAUAGGGCUAAUGUCCUUACUAUCUGCUUAAAAUACAGUUUGGGGAAUCUUUUGAGUAAGAGGGCCCUUUGCUCCUCUGCACAACGUUCCAUGUGAAGCAUUCCAGUGAGAGGCAGGACUAGAGGCAAAAGUGAGCAGACCAAUGAAUGUGACCCAUUGCACAAUGAGCUACAUUCCAGCACCAUGCAAAAGUCAGUGUUGUUACACACAUCUCUCUACCUCUAUCCCCACGAGCAAGAGUUGGACACAUUUCAGCUUGGCGAAAGAACUCAAAUGUAGAAUAUGGCUGGUGAAGGUGAGGCCUAGAGAAGCCUGAUGGCUAGUUAAAGAAGCCUGGUGGGGCCCUGAGAAUUUCCAAACUUGAUUUAAAAUAUAGCAUCUUUUCCAACCCAAGUUCUUGGAAAAAUAAUGGUCUUCUCUAUUUCAUUUAUUUUCCCUAGAAUUUUUACAGCAUCUUUAAAAGAGAAUACUGCAUUUGUACUGGUGGCAGAUGAUUAAAUUCACAGCACUUGAGAUCUCACUAACAUUAAUGGAGACAUCCUGUUGGCGUUUAUCAGACUAUAACUAUGCAAAAUUCACCUAGAUUUUUAAAGAAGCUAGGCAUUUUACUUUAUUUUAUUUUAAAAGAUCCUAAAAUUGAGGGUAAAAUUGUUGGAUAAAUGAUCUAACCCAGUGCUCUUGUGUUUUCUUUCGUUAGACUGCAUUGGCUUACACCGUGUGGAGAACCCAAGCCAUACGGAAACUGCUGUUAGUCUCCAUUUGUACAGCCCACCCUUUGAAUCUUGCUACACUUUUGACCAAAGAACGGGACACAAGCAAAAAGUUAAAAUGACAUUUUAUAGUCAGUUUGGAGAAAGGACCCCAUAUGUAAGUAUAAGGAUUUGCACCUUGCCUGUACCAUUUAGCUGAUCACUGCAACCUUUCUAUGGAAAGAAGGCAGCUCUUGGCUGAGGCACAUCAUGCUAAUAAAUGAACCCCUUGCUGGAGGCCCAAUAUGUUAAUUUAUUAUUAUUAUUAUUUAUUAAAUUUGUAUACCACCCUUCAUCCAAAGAUUACAGGGUGUUUCACAACAUAAAAAUAAUACAUUCAUUGGAUUUCUGAUGAGUUGCAAAUGUGCUGGAGCAGGGACCAGAGCAGAGGGCCAUGAACUGCCAUGUUGUUCUGGAAGGAAAGGGGAUGCUGCAAAGAAGCCAACUUGGGAAUCAAUAAACCAGUGGCAUAGCCAGUGGUGUAGCGUAGGUUGUCAGCACCCGGGGCAAGGCAAGUAAUUUGCACCCCCUAACCCGUGGAUUUGCGCCCCCUAACCCGUGGAUUUGCGCCCCCUAACCCCCAGAUGUUGCGCCCGGUGCGGCCGGCCACCCCUGCACCCCCCACGCUACGCCACUGGGCAUAGCUAGGGGUGCACUGGGAGUAAAUUGCCCUGAGCAGCAUUUACCUUUGAGGGCAGUACACCGGAGCCCAAGCUGGCGCACAAGCCCAGCAUGGCGCUCUUAAAAGCAGUGCGGGGCUGGACUCACAGCACGCCCAAGCUGUUGUAGUCCCUUUCCUAGCUGGUGCCCCACCCCUAUGGCACUGCAUGCGCGCCCCAGACGCCGUCAGGCCUCAUUAUGCCACUGCAAAAAAAGACUUGCAGGGCUACGAACUCCAGGAUGGAGCAUUUGUAUAUUUGCCUAAGAGUUAAAACAUAGCUAAAUAUGUUCUGCAAUUUCCCAUUAAAAAUACACAGCAAACUAAGAUUUGAUUUAAAUGUUCAGCUACAGCUCUUCCCACAGUGUCAGACUGCCAGAAGAGUAAUAUUUUUAAAACUAUUAAAAUUUCAAGGGGAAAAAACAGCAACCCCAAAAGCUCUCUGAACAUAGAAAACUAGCCUUUUGUUAAAUGUUUAUGCCAGAAUUAUUAUCCCAGACACUGUAGCUCUCCUUGGGCAGGGCUUUGCCCUAUGGGAAUAUUAAAAAAUGAGGUAAUUUUAUCUUCAGUUUUGAAAGGGCUGUUCCAUGUAACGUUUAUGAACAUGUGUAGUAGAAUGAAAUGAGAGCAUGUGGAUAUUUUUCAAGCAACUUUUAAUGAAGGCUUUCCUAUAGUGUCUUUUACAGCAGCCACUUCAUGAGGCUGCCCCCUAUACUAUUCCUCGGAGGCCUGUAUUAGGACUUUUAUAUCUGCCAAGUGUUUUAGCCUCUAGUCUUUUUCCUCUGCUUUGCUGAGAUCCUUCACUGCUCUGCUUGCUGCAAAUGACUGUUACACCAUAGUGAUGAUUUCAACCUUCAGUAACAUCCCCAAAAGUCUUUGGGCAUAAGAAAUAUAAGUAAAUUCCAAACACACCCAGGUAUGAAAAGGGCUUGGUGUUGGAGCACAGAGCCAAACAGCAAAAAACUAUCAAGUGGGAGCCAUGGCAGAAUUUAGUUACCCUCUAUUCGGCUCACAUGUUUUUAGAUUUUGUACCUCAGAGACUUCUUUACUUGAAAUAACUGAAAAAUCUAGACAACAAAGAUUCUCUCUCUUCUUUCUAGGCAACAUCAGUUUCACAAGAGAACAACUGAAAAGCACAGUUGUGCGGCUGGAUGGUUUAUUAUUUGAACCGGAGCAGAAGGAUUGUAUGAUUGAUGCCAGUGCCAAGCUGUGUCUGAAUAAUCUCUAUGUAGGACAACAGUAGAACAGCUAUUUGGUCAAGUAGUUAUCAUUCAUGAUUCCUGUCCUCUUGAACACUAAAGGGCGUAGUGCCAUGUAUUGCUGCAGAGUUCAAAUGACUCUCGCAACCUACCAUAAAACCAGGGUCCUUUCCCCACCAUUUCUACUUUUGAGACUGUGUACACAAACAUCAGCAUUUGGGCUUUUAAGUAUGACUUGACUUUCUUAACAGCCCUACCCGUUUGAAUGUAUGCCAUUUUUACUAGUAAUGUAACUUCUUGGUGUCAUCUGUACUGUGUACUGUAUACUGUUAGCAGCUUCAUUUUAACCAGGGUUCAAUGAUCUGUUGGAACUUUUAAAAAUUGUUUGUGCAUCUUAAAAUCUUAUGUGUAAGAUCUGAUUUUUUUUUAAAACGAAAGAAUAAAAUAGGAGCAAUAAUGUCUUGUACCAACACUUAUGUCCUGGAGAAAAUGUUUGUUAAUAUCUGUUAAACGUUAAUGAUGUUGAAUGGGAUUAAUUUUUAGUUUUUAAAGCGAUUUGUAUCAUAACUUGCCCCAAAACCUGAAUAAAACUGAAUACGGGCACACUUUC